GGCAGUUGCAAAUUCACGUAGCCGAUCCAUUAUCCAUACAUAUAUAUUCCACAUCGGAUAAUUUCUCAUGCAGCUCAAGCACCGAUUUAACAUCCGGAACCACAACUCUCACCCCGAACACUUUCAACGCUUUCUUUGAGAACCCAAGACUCGCUAAGUGUACUGGCGACUGAGCGUCUCCUCGUCAUUUAAUCCGUAAGAUUAUGGCAUGCUCAGAACCAGCAACCACAGUUGAGGUAAAUGCCCCUCCUAGGAGACCCAGGAUUUUACUUGCUGCUAGUGGAAGUGUAGCUGCCGUAAAAUUUGGAGUUCUCUGCCAUUGUUUUACUGGUUGGGCAGAAGUAAAAGCUGUGGCUACAAGUACUUCUUUACAUUUCAUCAACAAAAACUCACUUCCUAGGGAUGUUGAUCUCUACACUGAUGAGGAUGAAUGGUACAGUUGGAAUAAAAUGGGAGACAGCAUCCUUCACAUUGAGCUGCCUCGGUGGGCUGAUGUCAUGGUUAUAGCCCCGUUAUCAGCAAACACACUUGGUAAGAUUGCUGGGGGAUUAUGUGACAAUCUGCUGACCUGCAUCGUCCGAGCAUGGGAUUACAGCAAGCCCAUCUUUGUUGCGCCAGCCAUGCAUACUUUCAUGUGGACUAAUUUUUUCACGGAAAGGCAUCUCAUGUCACUUGAUGAACAAGGAAUUUCUCUUAUUGCACCUGUCACAAGAAGGCUGGCUUCUGGUGAUUAUGGAACUGGCGCAAUGGCUGAACCUUCCCUAAUCUCCACAACCAUAUUAAUAAACUUGCAGUCACGGAAUAAAUCCAAUUUUUGGUUAGUUUAAUGUGAAUGCUUUGCUAGGGCUGCUUUCUCAACUUGUAAUGGUUACAUGUGGAUCUUAUGAAUAGUUGAAACAUUCUAAGUCCCAAUAUGCUACAUGAAAGGAGCACAAACUCCCGCUCAAUUGAACAGUCUCUCUUACAUAUGUAGUACCUCUUAUGGAUUACGUAUUUGAUUGAUCUUUGGAAUUACAGCGAU